CGCUGCCGCUGCCGCUCCGCCCCUGCCGCCGCGCGGCCCGCGGACCGGCUGCCGUCCGCGGGGUCUCUCCGAGUCUUCCGUCUGUCUCUCCGUCCCGAUCCAAAUUCUCCCCAAUUCCUCAUCUCAGAUCCACUCAAGCCUCCAACCCUAGCAGCUGGCGGCGCCGGCGGCCGGGCCAUCCGACAAGCGGCCGAGAGGCAGGCGAUGGGCGUGCCGGCAGCGCCUUGAGCUUCGAGGCCAGUGCGGGCGCUCGGCUUGGCGCACGGGCGGGCGGGCAGCGAUGGCUUCCUCCGCCGCAGUGGCGCGGCUGCGGGAGCUGACGACGGCCCCGGCGCGGUUGCGCUCGCCAAGUGCUGCGCGGAGCUCGUGCGCCCCGGCGGCGGCGACGCCGAGGCCGCGCACGAGGGUGCUGGAGGCGCUUUGCGCUGCAGGCGGAGGGGACGCGAUGCGGAGCCACGCCGAUGGGCUCGCACCGCUGGUCGUCGCGCGGCUUGGGGACGGGGAUGCGGCUGUGCGGGAGGCCGCUAGGAGGUUCCUCGUGGUGCUCAUGGAGGCUGCUCAUGGAGAUGUUUCAAGCAACAUCUACAGCUGCCAAGCCGUUCCACCACUUCACCACUGCCACCUCCCUACUACCUGUUAUGGUGCUUCUAUAGGAAAAUAAAGGUUGGCUAGGUGAGUCUUGUGGCGCCUGGAGUUGGAUUACAGAUGAACUUUCUGGAAGAUGGUAAUAUGCUAUACCCUUUCUUCUUUCUCUGUUUGGCUAUCUAUGAAGCUAAACUGAUGAUAAAAGGAUGGUGUGCUUUAUCCAUUUCACUUCUGCAGGUAACAGUGUGGCUUAAGCAUUAUUAUUCUGAACUAAUUGGUUUGGUAAUGACAUUGCAAAGUAUAUGCUGCAUUUGUGUUGCACUUGAACUCUAUUCAUGUUGGUUCUUGCUGAUUGCACCUGCUUCUUGCAGGGAUUUGACCGGGUGAGCUUACGACCGUGUGCACAGAUAAGUCUCUCCCUUUUUCUAUUCACCCCUUUUUCAUCUAUGUUGGAGUGCAUAUGUAUGUGUGUGAUUAAAUGGAAAAUGUAAGCACAUAUUUGGAAGUUACAGAUGAAGACUUUCUGGAAGAUGGUAAUAUGCUAUACCCCUUCUUCUUUCUCUGUUUGCCUAUCUAUGAAGCUAAACUGAUGAUAAAAGGAUGGUGUGCUUUAUCCAUUUCACUUCUGCAGGUACCAGUGUGGCUUAAGCAUUAUUAUUCUGAACUAAUUGGUUUGGUAAUGACAUCGCAAAGUAUAUGCUGCAUUUGUGUUGCACUUGAACUCUAUUCACGCUGGUUCUUGCUGAUUGCACUUGCUUCUUGCAGAGAUUUGACCGGGUGAGCUUACACCGUGGGCACAGAUAAGUCUCUCCCUUUUCUAUUCACCCCUUUUUCAUCUAUGUUGGAGUGCAUAUGUAUGCGUGUGAUUAAAUGGAAAAUGUAGGCACAUAUUUGGAAGUUAGAAUUGUGAUGCUGAAUCUAUUUGCAAGCUUGCAGCACUUUUUUAGUGGAAACAAGUUAAACAGGUUUAAGGAGCUUAUUAUAUGAAACUAAAUUCUGCAUGUUUUUUUUACAUAAUUUUAACUCUGUGUAGCA